AAAAAUUAAAUAACGUUGUCUAAUAUGGGUUCAAGAGAGAACUUUUACAUCUCAAAAGCUGCUUUACUAGUAAACCUGAUUUACUUGACUCUCAUGAAGGUGCCUUACUUAUUAAUCUCGAUCUCAUUCUCAUUUGAUAAAGAUAAGAGUGCAGGGAUGAUUAUUGCAACUAUUGUUGAUAUAACCGCUUGGCUCCUAACCUUACUUCUGUUUGCAUUCGCUCAUGGUCAAGGGAUCGGGAUUGCAUUUGUGUCUCUCUUCAUUGCUCUGGCUGCAAUUGGCUCCCAAAUCGCUGUGAUCAACUAUCAGUUGAGUUUUAGAGACACCUGUGUAAAUCCUUCGUUCAAAGAAUUCGCCUGUUAUUUUUCAGAAAUGCUGAAUAUCAUCUUUAUUGUUAUGGGAUUCAUGCAGCCAAUUGCCUUAAUCUUCUCCUCGUUCUUCAAUGCAUCAGGGAUUAGCGGAGAGGAAGAAAGAAGAGGUAGAAAUUAUUCAGUAGCUAAGAAUAUUAUCUCUGAACACUCAGAGCAUACCGAGCAAACAGAAGAAAAGAGCGAGACCUUUGAUAUCAAUAAUAAUGAACUUGAAGCUAGUGCUGCAACUGAGAAGGAGCCAUCAGAUCAAUCAGCAGCUGUGAUUGAAGAUGUAGUUGAGCCAAAUAAGAACACAAACUUUAGUCUGAAUAGGUCUAUUACCAACCCUGAAAGAGUGCCUCAGCAGCAAGAUGAUGAGUCAGACAUCCUCGAUUCGGACGAUGAGAAGAUUGUUCCUCUAGUUAAGCCUUUAUCUAUUCGAAGAAAAUAGAUUCUGGCGCUAACUUUUCCCUUAAAAGUUGUAAUAAAGUCAUCA